GCUCGUUCAGCGGGCCGAACGCUCAGUGUCCGCGGAGGAUGCGCACCGCAGGGUCCCACAGCGCCUCGCGCUCAACUUUCACCAGCCGCGCUCGGACGCGGACGGACUUGGACCGCUGACACGUCGAUGCGCGUCAAUGCGCAGUAGCGGUGUGUGCGCGCGGACCCCCCGCGGGCCAUGGAUUUCCAAACACUUUGCACCUUUGACACCUAUAAGUCGCUGUGGAGUCACUACGGCUACGGGGGAGACCUCCGGCACGUGCUGGAGCAGGAGUUCACUCGGACUAAAGGAAUUACGUAUCUGGAUCAUGCAGCGGCUACUCUGUACCCGGAGUGCCUGGUCAGGGACUACUUCCAGGACGUGUCGAGGAACGUGUACGGAAACCCUCACAGCCACCACCCCAGCAGCAGACUGACCCAAGACACCGUGGACAGGGUCAGAUACAGGGUGUUGCACCAUUUUAACGCCACCCCUGAGGAGUACUCUGUGAUCUUCACUUCUGGUUGCACAGCCGCGCUCAAAUUAGUGGCCGAGAGCUUCCCCUGGAGGCCACCGACUGAGAGCGAGGCGGGAAGUCGCUUCUGCUACCUCACCGACAGCCAUACCUCUGUAGUGGGCAUAAGAGGGCCGGCCUGUGGCCGGGGGGCCGUCGCCCUGCCCGUCGCCCCGCAGGAGGUGGAGAGCAGGGCGAGGACGGAAAGCCAAGGUGCUGCUUGCCAGACGCCGCACCUCUUCAGCUACCCGGCGCAGAGCAACUUCUCGGGGAGGAAGUAUCCCCUCGGCCUCGUGAGGGGCAUCCAGGCGAGGCGCCUCUACCCGGCGUGUGACCACCGGGGCCGCUGGUUUGUGCUGCUCGACGCAGCCUCCCACGUCAGCUGUUCCCCUCUGGACCUGCAGGAGUGCCCCGCCGACUUCAUUCCCAUCUCCUUCUAUAAGAUGUUCGGCUUCCCCACAGGCCUGGGGGCCCUUCUUGUCCGUAACGACGCAGCGGGCGUACUGAAGAAGACCUAUUUUGGAGGAGGCACAGCAGCAGCUUACCUGUCAGGAGAAGAUUAUUAUGUGCAGGCGGCCAACAUUUCUGACAGAUUUGAAGAUGGGACUGUUUCUUUCUUGGACGUCAUUGCUGUAAAUCACGGUUUUGAUGCUCUUUACAGGAUCACAGGGGGAAUGCACAAUAUACAGCGGCACACCUAUGGCUUGGCACGCUACACUUACAUGCUGCUGUCUAGCCUUUGCCAUGGCAACGGGCGACCGGUGGCUCAGAUAUACACAGAAGGCCUGUUUGAGAGUCCAAACACACAGGGAGCAAUCCUUAACUUCAACCUCAGAGAUUCUCAUGGACAAAUAAUUGGCUAUUCUCAGGUGGACACAAUGGCCAGUCUCUACGAUAUCCAUGUGCGAACCGGUUGCUUCUGCAACACUGGAGCCUGCCAGUCCUUCCUCGGGAUCACCAAUGAGCAGAUGCGGAAAAAUCUGCAGGCCGGCCACGUCUGCGGAGACAGAGUCGACACGGUGGACGGCCAGCCGACCGGUUCUGUGCGCGUGUCCUUCGGCUACAUGUCGACGUUUGAAGACUGCGAAAAGUUCCUGAGGUUUGUGGCUGAGUGCUUCGUGGAGAAGCCAGUCACAGUGGACCAAGUGAGACUGCAGAAGCUCAUCUCAGCCUCAGCAGCGUCCCAGUGUUCACCAGAAGAUCCUCCAAUCAACAUAACUAAUGGUGGUACACUUGGAGCAGAAGAGAGGGCGGAGCCUACACAUGCUUCACCGAGGAGAUCUGGACAAAGAGAGUCAAAGACCCAAUGGGAGGCUUAUACCCUGACCAACAUCUACAUAUACCCCAUCAAAUCAUGUGGAGCCUUUGAGGUUGUAGAACAACCCAUAUGGUGUAUCGUAUAUCUUGAUCUUUCACUUUAUUCGUUCACUGUCUGCCCCGUUUCUUUCCCCUCUCUCAUGCUUGGAUUUCGCUCUGUGCUGUUCGUCAUGCAGGUCCACGACUGGCCGCUGGGACCACUGGGUUUACUCUAUGACAGAAGCUGGAUGGUAGUGAAUGGAAACGGCGUGAACCUGGGCCAGAAGAGAGAGCCACGUUUGUGCCUCGUUCGCCCACAGGUCCACCUGCCCUCGAACAAAUUGCUUCUGCGGGCACCAGGCAUGGAUACCAUUUCGGUUCCCCUGAAAAACAACACUCAAACGCACGAGAGCUACCAAGUGUGUCAGAGUAAAGUUUGUGGUGACAGGGUGGAGGCUGUCGACUGUGGGGAUGAGGCUGCAUCGUGGCUCUCAGACUUCCUUGGACAGCCGUGCCGCCUGAUAAGACAAAGUCCCGAUUUUACCCGUGAUGGGAAAAAGAGGCUGAGUGGAGCUGCCACCUCCACGUCCCUCUCCCUGGUGAAUGAAGCGCCGUAUCUGAUGAUCAACCGCGCCAGCGCGGAGCUCAUUCACAAGCUAAUGAGCAGCAGGCAGGACGACACGGAGGGCGACCAGCUCCUCGACACACAGAACGUCAUUAGUCGCUUCCGAGCCAAUUUAGUCAUCGCUGGAGGAGAACCAUUUGAGGAGGAUAAUUGGCCCCACUUGAUCAUUGGCAACACUCGAUUUGUGGUCGCAGGUCAGUGUGGGAGAUGCCAGAUGGUUGGAGUAGACCAGGAGACCGGGAGCAAAACAAAAGAGCCGCUAAUGUCUCUUUCGGCCUACCGCAACGGGAAGGUGACUUUUGGCGUGUACCUGACCCAUCAGCUGCCAGAGGGCUCCAGUACAAUCAGUGUCCUGUCUGCUGGUUCUCCGAUACAGCCGGAGCCACUGAGUUCCUGAAGUAGCCAUCCGAAUCAUCCUGUUUAUUCAUCCUCUUUAUUUAUUUUGGUGACAUCCUUGGCUCUUGUCAGUCAUUUUGGGCCGUGCACGUCGCUUGUCAAACCCUGCGGAGAGUUUGAUGCUACUCUUUUAUUUGUCUCUGUAGCCACGGGGCCCUUUUGUCCUCUCAAGUGCCCCAUUUCAUACCAGGGAUUUCAUUUCACCCGACUCUGUUUAGAUGAGAAAUUAUUUAGAUUUCAUCUCCUGUAAAUGGGUGCCAUAGUGGACGUCAAAUAAUAAUCGCAGGACAAAGUUCUACUCUGAAUGUGAUAUUUGAACCAGAACAUGCGAUAAUCGCAGCUCAUCGCGUUAACCUCCCAGACAUUUCUUCUUCUGUUUAUUCCCAUGGAGGAUUAUAUUGGUUUGCAUUCCUAACACACCACUUAAUGUUAUCCCUGCCACAAAUCUAUAACACGUUGCUCCCUGAAAUGGAAAAACCUACCAGACACUCGCAGAAUAUGCUCUGAAUGUGUUGCUGACUUGGACAUGACAUGACAGAAAACUAAUAAUAUCUUGCACACCAGAGAUUCUGUGCCUGUACACAAAGAAGCCGUUCUGUCAACAUUUGAGUGAAGUUUUCCCUGCACAUGAGAGGACAGCAAGGUUUUGUACUGCUUGUCACAUGUUUACACCUAUAUGCACGUGGCCCCAUAUUUUAUAGUGCAGAGCAAUUGCAUUUAGAUUGGAUGGGAUACAGAAUGCUACUGGCCAAAUCUAAUAAGAAAGCUGUAUAUGCAAAGGUUUGAAAAUAAAGUAAGUAUACAUACAUAAAUGAGUGUAUAUUUCUUUACAAAUACAAAUUGUUUUUUUCAUCAGAUGAAAUGUACAUGACUUAAAGGAAAAACAUCUUAA